AUGCCUCUCUCGACCCCGCCGCAAAAACACUACACAAUCGCCCUCCUCCCGGGCGACGGCCUCGGCCCCCAGUUGUCCACAUACGCCUCUCGAAUCCUGACGCAAAUCUCAGCCACGCGCCCACACCUCUCCUUCAGCAUAACAUCGCACCCCUUCGGCGGCGCAGCCCUAUCAAGCGGACAUGCAAGCCCCCUCCCCGAGGAAACCCUGCGCGCCGCACGCGAAAGCUCCGCAGCCCUCCUCUGCGGCUGCGGAGACCCAAAAUACGGCCGCGAGCCGGAGAAGGGCCUGCUGCGGCUCCGCGAGGAGCUGGGCGUCUAUGCGAAUAUCCGGCCCGUGGCGUUCCCGAGUACCCGUCUUGCAGAGGAAUGCAGUUCGUUUCGGGCUGACAAGGUGCAGGGGUUGGAUGUUACCUUUGUGCGGGAUUUGACGGGGGGCGUUUACUAUGGCGCCCGGCAAGAGGCAGAUUCGGAUGAUGCAGGAGCAGCGGGCGAAGCAUACGAUACGACGGCAUACACACGUUCUCAGAUAUCGCGGCUGGCGCGGUGGGCGGGCCACUACGCGAGUUCCUUCACCCCGCCGAAACCCGUACAUUCAGUCGACAAGUGGAAUGUCAUGGCGACGUCGCGGCUGUGGAGGAAGACGGUAAGCGAGGUGUUUGAGGACGAGUUCCCGCGCGUCCCGCUGCGGCAUGUCCUUGUCGAUGAGGCGGCGAUGGUUCUGUCCUCGAAACCGACGGAGCUGAAUGGGAUCGUGCUGACGGAGAAUCUGUUUGGGGAUAUACUCUCCGACCAGGUUGGGGGGAUUGUCGGGUCGCAGCAGGUUCUGGCGAGUGCGGCUGUUUCAACUUUCCCUGGGGAGACGGAGUGUGGGAAGCCGGGGAUCUUUGAGCCGUUUGAUUUGAAGAGUGAAAAGGUGUUGCGGAAUCCGCUGGGGAUCGUGCAGGCUGUUGGUCUGAUGCUGGCGCUGGGGUUGGGGCUUGCGGCCGAGGCGGAUGCGCUCAGCAAGGCGAUCAGGCAGACUCUCGACCCCGUCGAGCUGAUCGGCUCUGAUGUGCGGACCGUUGAUCUGGGCGGAUCCGCAACGGCAGACGAGUUCAUGGCAAAGCUCCUCGAGAACCUCGACCUGUACCUCGAAGCCGCCAACUCGGCCGACCUCGCCGCGGCUGCACUCCCAUCGCCGACAGCCACCUCCAUCUCCUCGCGGUCAUUCGACCGCCGCCCCAUGGGCAUAAUCGAGAAAAUCAUGACCCACGCCGGCGUCGGCCUCACGCGCCCAGACGUCCGCCCGGGCGAAAUGAUCUGCGUCAAAGUCGACUGGACCAUCACCUCCGAGCUCCUCUGGGCCGGCAUGGAGAAAACCUACGACCAAAUGGGCCGGCCGCGGCCCUACCGCAACGACCGGCUCUGGCUCGCCGUCGACCACACCGUCGACCCGCGCACAAACCACCAGCUGCGGCAGCGGGGUCUCAUUGCGAAAGCGGAGCGGUUCAGACGGGAAGCGAAGAUUGUGGAUUUCCUGCCUGCAAACACGAGUAUCAUGCACACGGAUUUCACGCGGGAUCGCGCGCAGCCGGGGCGGAUUGUUGUCGGGAGUGACUCGCAUACGUGCUCGGCGGGGAGUAUGGGGGCGUUUGCCAUUGGGUUUGGGGCCGCGGAUGUGGUUAUGCCCAUGGUGACCGGGGAGACGUGGUUUCGGGUGCCGGAGGUGUGUCGGAUUAAUUUCGUGGGCAAGUUGCCAUUCGGUGUCGGCGGGAAGGAUGUCAUUUUGCAUAUUCUUGGCCUGUUUAAGCGGAAUACGAUUGCGUUUCAGCGCGCGGUUGAGUAUGGAGGUCCUGGGCUGAAGGAGUUGUCUAUGGACGCGCGGUUCGCGAUUGCGAAUAUGAAUACCGAGUUUGGGGGCAUGGGCGCGUGUUUCGAGGCGGAUGAGAAUACAGCGGAUUGGAUCGCGAGACGGCCUCAUCCGCAACAUCGCCGGGGUGGGUUGUAUUUCCGCGCGGAUCCUGGUGCCCAAUACGUCGAGGAGAGGACGAUCGAUCUCUCCGAGGUUGGAGUCACCAUGGCCCUCUACCCGAACCCCGACGACGUCGUGCCCGUCGCCGCAAAAGCCGGCAUGAAGCUCGACGGAUGCUUCAUCGGCGCAUGCACGACAACAGAAGAGGACCUCAUCGUCGGCGCCCUCGUCCUAGAAGCCGGCCUCCGCGCAGGCCUCGUCCCGGUCGCGCACGGAAAACGUCGCGUCACGCCAGGCAGCCUAACCAUAAUCAAGAACCUCGAGCGUCACGGGCUCACCUCGAUCUACCGACAGGCGGGCUUCGACAUUGGCGCACCGGGGUGCUCAUACUGCGUGGGGAUCAACGACGUCGACGUCGCGGGCGAAGGCGAGGUCUGGCUGUCGUCGCAGAACCGCAAUUUCCGGAACCGGAUGGGCAAGGGGAGUUUUGGGAACAUCACCUGUGCGGCGGCGGUUGCGGCGUCGAGUUUCAGUAUGGAGGUUACGGAUCCGCGGUGGUUGCUGGAGCGGUUGGAUCGGAAGAGGUUUGAUCGGUUGGUCAAUACGUGGAAGGCGGCGGUCAAAAUCACGCCGGAGAUACAUGAGCCGGAACCAGAGGCUGCGAGUGCGGCGCCUGCGAUGGAGAGUAUGCUUGAUGGGAUUCCAGUGGCCAAGUCGGCGAGGGUCGUCACGUCGAGGGUUCAGCGGUUUGCGGAGAAUGUGGAUACUGAUGCGAUUAUUCCGGCCGAGUUUAUGCCCGGCGUCGAUAAUGCGGAUCUGGGGAGCCACUGCUUCCAGUACUUUCGUCCAGAGUUCAGAGAGAAAGCCAUCAACGGGUCUCAGAUCAUCGUUGCCGAGCACGGAUUUGGCAGUGGGUCGUCGCGAGAGGACGCGGUGAGAGCACUUCUAGGGUCUGGUAUACAAGCUGUGAUUGCAAAGGGAUUCGCCUUCAUCUACGAGCGAAACCAACUCAACAUGGGCCUAUUCAACAUCAAACUGCAAGACCAAGAAUUCUACGACAAUGUCCAGGAAGACUCCAUCCUCACCAUCAACAAAGACACCAAGACCAUCCAGAUCGAAGGCUAUGACAAGCUAUUCACCUACGAGCAGUCGGAAAUCGAACAACGGCUGCUCGACGCCGGGGGCGUGAUGCCGCUAUACACCGAGUUUGGCAACGCAGUCUUCCGCCAGCUGACGAAACCAAAGACAGUAAAGAGCACGACUGGGUCGAAGCGGCCGAGGGAUAUGACGUGGUAG